AUGGCGAACUCGAAAGCAGACAGUAAUAAGCAAAUUCCAGGUGGUACCUUCGGUGCUGGAAAACAUGUGAGGUCAGUUACGCUUCCGGGUUUGACCAACAUUUUCAAGAUUCUACUCACAUACACCUUUGCUUAUGCCGGGGCCUGCGCCGCUUGCAAAGCCUCAAUCCUAUUUUUCUACCGCCGUGUGUUUGUGAUCGCACAGCAAGACCUCCUGUUAAGGCUAUCGCUCCUCGUCGGGUUUUUCCUUACUCUUUCCUAUCCCAUCAUUGUUUGGGUCACGAUGGGAAAUAGUUGCAAGCCUCUAUCAUAUUUCUGGAGCCAGUUAAAUGGAGGAAGUGGAAAAUGCAUCGACACCAACACAUUCUUCUUGGCGGCAGGCAUCAUCAACAUGGUCAACGAUAUAGUGGUAUUAAUGGUACCAUUUCCGCAGAUCGCAAGGUUACAAAUAAAUCCUCGGAAGAAAAUUGCCAUCUGUGCUAUUCUAGCACUCGGCUGCUUCGCCGACGUUACCUGGAUGAUGGGACCUUUGUUCAUCUGGUCCACUAUAGAGCCUGCUGUGGCCAUCUCUGUACCCCAGCUGAGGCUGUAG